UCGUAUCAAAUGCAUUACCUCGUUUUUCUUGUACUCUCAAUCUCCUAAACCACAUUUUGUUAUCUUUUGAUUCGUAAUACGAUCUCUUGAUUAGUUCUCCGUAAACUUUCCGACCACCAAUUCGUUCUUGAAUUCCCAGCAGCUUAAUUAUCAUCUCACCCACAUUUUCUUGCUACUUUGUGAUCCAUAGUCCUACUCUGAAGUAUAGAUAUAUUGUCACUAAAUUUCCGGUGAUUAUAUCAGUCCAUAUUCCGGCCAUUUUAACUAUUCUGUGAGCUACACACUUUGUCCGCCUUUAAGAAUCAUAACUCUUGCUUGCAGUGUCUUACAAGCCUGAAAAUUCGGUCACUUGACUUUCCUAUAUCUCAAAUUUGGGGGAAAAAAUCCAUUUUUCGGGCAAUGGGUGAGGCUCCGAGCUCUGUAAUCUAUGAAACCCAACCAUCUUCUAAAACCCCAAUUCGAAUUUCAGGCAAAAACCUCUUCCUAAAUGACCUCCCUACCUUGCUCGAUGUACCCGAAAACGUGACCCUCAUGCCUGCCGGUAAUUCUCCCUUAUCUGGCCACUUCCUCGGUGUUAGGGCGGAAGUUCCGGCGAGCCGCCAUGGCACCAUUGGAAAGCUUAGGUCCAUCACUUUCUCGAGCAUUUUCAGGUUUAAGCUUUGGUGGUCCACUCUCUGGGUGGGGAACAGGGGUUCAGACCUGGAGUCCGAAACUCAGUUCCUGCUUCUUAACACGCCGGAGAAACCAGAAUCCGGUGGCCUCUAUUUACUUAUCUUGCCCCUUAUCGAUGCCGGUUUCGCAGCUUCUAUUCAGCCUGGAACCGAGGACAACGUUGAUAUUUGUCUAGAAAGCGGGUCGAGCUCGGUAAUUUCCGAUGAGUUCCCAAGGUCAGUGUAUAUAAAUUCCGGAAGUGAUCCUUACCUUUUGGUAAAGGAAUCAAUGCGGGAACUUAGUCGCCUGAAAUUGGGUAAUUUCCGGCCUCUUGAGGACAAAAUCGUGCCGGAAUUUGUCGACCGGUUCGGUUGGUGCACGUGGGACGCUUUCUAUUUGGCAGUGGAGCCUGAAGGUGUGGCACGAGGUGUGGAGGAACUGACACGUGGCGGUUGCCCACCUGGUUUCUUGCUUAUAGACGAUGGUUGGCAAUCGAUCUCCACCGACCAAGAGCCAGAUCAGGAGGCAAUGUCACUGACUAUUGCCGGUGAGCAGAUGCCUUGCCGGUUAGCGGGAACUCAAGAGAAUUUCAAGUUCAAGAACUACCUUUCCGGCGAGAAAAGGAGGGAGGGAGGGUUUGGUGGAUUUGUUAAGGAUUUGAAGGACAGGUUUGAGAAUUUAGAUUAUAUUUAUGUUUGGCACGCGAUGUGUGGGUAUUGGGGCGGAGUGAGGCCGGGAAAGUGUAAUGUUCCGGCGAGGAUUUUGUCGCCGGAGCUGUCGCCAGGGCUCAAGUCGACGAUGGAGGAUCUGGCGGUGGAUAAGUUGGUCCGCCAUGGGAUCGGUGCGGUCCCUCCCGAGAGUGUGAGGCAGUUUUAUGAGGCCAUGUAUUCAUAUCUCAACGAAGUUGGUGUCGACGGUGUGAAGGUGGACGUUAUUCAGGUUCUGGAGACGCUAGGCGAAGAGCUGGGCGGUAGGGUCCACCUGAGCAACGCAUAUUACUCCGCUUUAAACGCGGCUGCGAGCAAAUACUUCAAAGGCAACGGCGUCAUCGGGAGCAUGCAAAACUGCAACGACUUCCUCUUCCUCGGAACCAACCAAAUUGCAGUUGCUCGAGCCGGCGACGAUUUUUGGACGGAGGACCCAAACGGUGACCCCGAGGGCUCAUACUGGCUGCAAGGCUGCCACGUUAUUCACUGCGCCUACAAUAGCCUCUGGAUGGGACACGUUAUACUUCCGGAUUGGGACAUGUUCCAAUCGACUCACCCGCGAGCCCACUUCCACGCGGCGUCGCGGGCCAUCUCAGGUGGCCCCGUCUACGUGAGUGACCGCUUGGGGCGCCACGACCUGGAGCUGUUGAAGAAGCUGGUGCUGCCUGACUCGACUCUUUUGCGGUGCGUGGCCCAUGCCCAGCCCACGCGCGACUGCCUCUUUGUUAGCCCUCUUCGCCCUCACACCCCACCUCUUAAGAUUUGGAACAUCAACAGGUGCACAGGCGUGGUUGGAGCCUUUUCAUGCGGUGGAGGCGAGUGGUGCAGAGAAGAGCGCAGGUUUAGGCGCGCACGCCACUCAUCAAAACGAGCCCAGGAUCCUCAAACCACCGCAUGCUAUACAGAUGUGGAUGCAUGGCGCGCCAACCCACCUUCAAAGAGCUUCAUCGCUUUUUCGCACCUGGCUGAAAAGCUAACGAUCUUGAGCAGCCCCGAUGACAAAGUGACCAUGAUCUUGGGCCCUCUUGGUUUCGAACUCGUGACCUUUGCACCUUUGCAUGAUUUCAAUGGCGUGGGAUUCGCGGCUAUUGGGCUCGUGAACAUGUAUAAUUCCGGUGGAGCAGUGCACUCGGUCCAGGUGAGAGGGAAAGGAAAUGGUGCGGUGGUGGCUGAAGUGAGGAUGAGGGGGAGAGGGGAGAUGUGUGCUUAUGCUUCGAAGAAGCCGAAGAAGUGUUUCAUCGAUGGGAAGGAAUGCGAGUUUGAGUAUGAAGAGGCAGAUGGGAGGGUGAGUGUUCAAUUGGAGUGGGAUCAUGACAAGAAGAUUAGGGUUUUGCAGUAUUUGAUUGAAGUGGAGUAGAGGGGUUUUUGAUUGUUUGUGUUAUUCUUUGGGUUUGUACAUAUAACUUUGGCCUUAAUAUUUGCUAACAUAUCUUCCCAACCUCCUUGGGGGAAGACAAAUGCACUAUGGUAAGUCUAUAGACAUGCAAAGAAGACACACAAAACGAAAGAAAAGUCUGUGGGGGUGGAAGAAGUCUGUUUUUUUUAGGCUUCCAACACCUAGGUUUGUUUAUUCUUGUGAGAAAUGAUGCAUUAUUUCCUGAUAAGCAUAUGUGAUAUCACUUCACCUCUGUUUUGAGGGUCUCUGUGUUUAUAAAGGUAUUAUGUGAUUGCUUCUUGUUA